AACGCGGGGUUGCUUGAGAUCCACAGCUGUCAGCCACACCCAUCCACCUGCAGCCGCCCUUAUUCCACAAUUCUCGUCCACUUCAACACCACGAGGUACCUUAUAAUAAGGAAGAAGUGGCUACUCCUUCUCACCACCUUCUUUACUUGGUAGUACCUCGUUGAUGGCACUUUCCUAUCUCGAUGAUCUACAAUGCAUACCCCAUGUCUCAUACCACGUUGCCCUGCUUGGCAAGAGUGGGCAGUCAUAAUCUCCCAUAGCGAAAGCUUGCGGGAAAGCUUGUUCAAGUCUUAUAUUACUUACAGACAGCACCUGUAUCCCGCUCUUUGGUAGAUCGGGUAGUCCAAAAUUCAUGUCGGAAUUCUUGCUCCCUCGUCCAAAUGCGUGUCUCUUCCACCUCGUUCAUCGUUUGCACCCUUGCUAGCUUGUUCUUGGGCAUUGUUCAGGCAGCUUCGGAGGUAGUCCAAGCUCAAGUGCCCCCUAGAACGAGCUAUGAGGGAGCAAGCUGCAAACAAAACAUUUUCCAGCAUAUUUUUACUAGCAGCUAUGGGGUGCCAUAUGUUGGAACUUACUUUCCGCCCAAAGACUGCUAUUUCACAACUACGAUAUUCAACAUGUCUGUAACAUCUCGUGGGCGACAAUAUGAUAGACUAGCGCUCCUGUUUCUAGGCGAUAUUGAGGUCUGGAGAACAUCAACAGCCAUGCCCAGCCAGGAGGGGAUAUAUUGUACGUCAUUGAAACACCCAGUGCUUUCCAGAAAUCAAUGUACCAAACUCUAAACAACAUGAAAUUUAAUAUCUUUCGGAACUGUCCAUGAAGCAACAAAUGCUUAUUCCCAGCUACCCAGGGUCCUAUCAAAAAGACAUGACGGUCUUCGACACACUUCUCAGAACGGAACAAAAAAUCAUUUUCGAUCUCAGUAAUGUAUUCACAGACUUGUAUACUGGAGCUUUCAAUGUCACUCUAGAGGUGCUAUACUACAAUGAUGAGUACAUAUCGAAGAGCAGUCCUCCCGACAAGAUCUUCCCAAUCUCAGCACUCGCCUCAAGCAGAAACAUCUCUUCUGUCCUGUCUCUACCCGAUGAUAACGCAACUAUCUCGAUUCAGCUCCCGCGAAAUGUUAAGAAUGCAGUUGUCGCCCUGCAAGCAUCUGGCAAUGGCGCAGAAGAAUUCUGGUACACCAAUGUCCCAACGGAGUAUGUGGACACAUUCCUAGAGAACCCAGGAUGGUUGUUCGGAUACAGCCCAUUUAGAGAGGUGCAACUCUUGAUCGACGGGAAGCUGGCGGGUGUGUCAUGGCCAUUUCUGCUCCUCUUCACUGGUGGCGUUGAUCCGGGACUCUGGCGACCAAUUGUCGGAAUCGAUGCAUAUGAUUUGCCAACGUUUGACAUCGAUGUGACCCCCUGGCUACCAUUGCUAUGUGACGGAAAGCCGCACGACUUCGGAAUCAAGGUAGUGGCAUUUGACAGCACAGUUGAGGGGUAUGUUGGAACAAUUAGUCAGAACUGGUGGGUGACAGGUACAGUCUUUGUUUGGCUAGACGCUCACGGAGAGCAGACUACUGGCAGUAGCAUCUCAAGCCAUGUUUCCGCUCCAGUUUUCGAGUUCCACCCUCAACUCACAACCACAACCACCAAUAAUACCACCAGCAACUCAUCCUUCUACUUUGAAUUGACAGCCAGACGCACUCUCUCCAUAUCCUCCACGAUCAACUGCUCUUUCGGUUCCAGAACAGUUGCCUGGUCACAAUCACUCUCCUUCAAUAAUAUUCAAAACAUGACUGGCUCAGCCUUCAACCAAUCCCUCAGCAUGCUCACAACUGGCUCACAUACCGAUUCUUUCUCCGGCACAAGGACAAGCUACUCAUAUCCCCUGAAUCUCUACAGCUCGUAUAUCAUCGCACCAGCAUCCAAAAUCACCCUCUCCUCAGUCCUAGCGCUCAUCGAUCGAAGUCGUAUCACACAGGGCAUCAAUUUUCUCUCCUACCUGAGCGGGUUGAGGCUCGGCGGUGAGAGCUUGAGCACAAGACAAACUGCGCGGAGCAAGUAUUUCUGGAAUGAGACUAUUGUGGAGGGGACAGCUGAUGACACGGGAAUAUUAGAGCAGUGGUUCUCGUAUGCAGGGAAGUUGGGGCUGAAGUCGAAUGGUGUGGAGGCGUUCUCGAGGCAUUUGAAAGAGGUUGAUGAUGAGAUUGUAUUUGAUGAAGGCGCUUGGAAGACUAUGAAUGUGCCAGCUACGCAACCAUUGCCGUACGUAGAUGGGGAGCCUAUGGUGUAAUGUAACGAAGUUGAUUUAUGUUGGGAAGGUGGAGAGUGAGUAAGUUUUAUUCAAAUAUGAGG